UUUUUAUUUUUUAACAAUAUUCAGCAUUCAGUAAGAAAUCCUUCCAUUUUCAGAGGUUCAGCAUUAGACUCCGCACAGUCUUCAGUAACUCAACCUGUACCUGUCCCAGAUAAGAACAGAGUCGUCGAGUUCACAAACACCUCCGCUACAAGGGGCUCCAGUUUACAGUUCUUAGACAUUCCCCCGGGGGACGAUUUUCGCAUCCAUGAUCUCAGUCUAAAUGAAGAGUACUUGCUAUUCGAAGCCUUUUCACAGCUAAUGGGAUAUUUACAACCGACCGGAUUUCCUUCAGGUCUGUUGCGGGAUAUGCUGUACAACCGUAUCCCGACGCAGCUCCUCGUCUUCCAGGUGCUGAAGCUGGAAAUUGUUCUUAUAAUGUGGAUUGUGCUAUGGGCAAUGUUAUCUCUGUGUCUUCCAUCCGCAGUGGCUGCCAACUUCUGUUGCUCGAAUAAUAUCAGACGACUAGAGGAAGAUUUCUCAAGUGGGUCGACGAACUCAAGAGACAGAUGGAUGGGAAGGACAUUGGGAUUUCUCUUGCAUUUGCUGCUCUUAUUGCUACUUUGUCCUAUUAUUCUCAUCCUAGCCGGCAAUGAGCAGAUAUCCAGGUCGAUAUCGAGGGGGCCGUCGUCCGUCAGUUUAAUUUACGAGGAUGUCAACACGUUUAUAAGGAAUACCCAUAUGCAGAUGUCCUUUGUGGUGACGUCGUCCUUGGAUAUCACUAUCGAGGCGAUCCGGAAGGAUCUGGAGGCCGUAGACGUGCUGCUGGGAAAGCCGUAUCAACAGGAACUGUCGUCGGAGACCGGAAUUGAUAUCGCCCUGCUCGGUCUGGACGACUUGAAAACAUCAACUUCCCAUUUGACAUCGCUGGUGUCGGACAUUCUAAGUGAAUGCGCUUCAGCGCGUAUCGCCGGAAGUAUGUUGCAGGAGCAGUUGGUGGAGAUCUCCAGACAACUAACUGUGGCCAGGCAGCAGUGCAGCACGAAGGACCGCACGCUUUGCUACACGCUGCAGCACUCUGGAUUCGACGUUGCGUUCUCCGUAGACAAUAUAACCAACGACGUGAAAAUAAGACACUUGGAGCGCUUUGGCACCGAGGAAAUGUUCAACGCCAGCGUUGAGGCGGCUCGUAAAGCCUUUGCAGAAGUUCCAGACCAAGUUGCUAUGGAAACUUCUACACAUAUAACAGAAAUCAAAGCCCUGCUAAGCAGAAAGAGAACCGAAGUAUACAAAUCAACCCACGCCUUGGACGUCCUGACGACGUCCCUGUCAGAAGCAAUGCGGACUAGUGAGGAGUCCGUUUCUACGGUAAUCCAAAGGGCUGCGGACUUGGAUUUGUGGAGAUGGCUCAGUGUAUUAGGUGUUGCCGCCGUCCUUUCCCUAAUCUGGGGCCUUCUGCUGUGCGGCGCGCCCUGCGGUUGCGGCCUCACCUCCAGGACCAUCCCGUUUCUAUUAGCCGGACUCGGAGUGUCCUGCGUCGCUUGUCUGGCCGUUUGGGGUCUGGGAACGCUGGCGCUCGUCGUGGGAGGCCAUGGGGAGGCCCUGGUUUGCCGCACACUCUACGAGAAGCCCCAUUUUGAGAUGCUUUCCGACCUGGUGGACCCUGGGGGAGUUUUCUUUGGGAACGAGGGCGUCUUUGGCAUGUUUAGAAAGGGAAAUGAUAGUGUAAAUGUUACAGAUGUACUCAGAAAUUGCCAGCGGAAUCAGCCAGUGUACCACACUUUCCAUCUGUACAAUAAAAUAAAUGUAAACACAGUUACAAAUCACAAGGAAUGGGACGACAUGAAGCUUUUAUUUUCCAACUUUACAGCACAGGAGAGCAAUUUGGAAAUUUUAGGACCUUCCCUUCAGCUGAACUUACAAAUUCUAUCGUCGCUCACCUCUACCAACCUGACAACACACCGGACGCAACUUACAACUCCAAUAACAAGGAGAGACCUCAAAUCCUUCGCAGAUCAAUUGAACACAGUGUCUAGACAACUGUCAGAUCCCAUAAGUUCGAGGAAAAUCGACAAUUUGGCCUUCACGGUAAGAAGAGUUAUAAACAACGAGUUGCGCAAGCUUGUUGAGAUUCAGAACAGGAUGUUGUAUAAAAUUACAACCUUAGAAGUACUGCUGCCACCUCUUCAUAGGCAGGUGAACCAAACGUUGUCCCAUUUGACAGCAGUCCAGUACUUCCUUGACAACGAAUCUUGGCAAAUUUCGGAAAGGACGAGACGUCGAUUCAUUUCCCGAAUCGAGUGCUACUUGGAGGAGCUGAGUAGUCACGUGGGCGAUAAAGUGACAAAGGAAAUAGGAAAAUGUCGCCCACUUUGGGAGAUUUUCCACUCCGCCAGAUUCUACGUUUGCAAAUUAAUUGUGGACCCCACGAAUGGAAUAGCGUUUUCGAGCUUCUUCUUAAUUUUACUGUUUCUGACAAUGGCUCCCGUAGUCAUAAAACUGGUGGAACAUUACAAGGAGGGUAAUGAAGAUAUAUUAACUUCGAUAUCGCAUAGGGACAGCAUGAUGAUGGAAAUCGCGGGAACCUGGGCCACCCCGUCAUCCUCGACCCCGGAAUUGCCUUCACGGGAGACGGCGCCCUCCCACGCAGAGUCGCCGCCAACGCCUACUGUGACUAGUCCGGAGUUGGGAAGAUUGCCACAGAUUCCAUCAAUAUCAAGGGCGAAGUCCCCUAGAAGAGGCAGAAACCAUGAAUCGCUGCGUUUGGUGGAACCGAUAUGUUGGAAAUCGGGAUCAACCACGCCUAAAAGCUGGAUAUAA